GUACUGGGCCAAUCUGAAGCUCUGGUUCAAGCAGAAGAUCAGCAAGGAGGAGUUUGACCUAGAAGCGCGCAGGCUUCUCACACAAGACAACGUCCACUCUCACAAUGAUUUCCUCCUGGCCAUACUUACCCGAUGCCAGAUCUUGGUUUCUGCACCAGAAGGUGCUGGAUCUCUGCCAUGGCCAGGUGGCUCUGCAACUAAACCUGGAAAACCCAAAGGAAAGAAAAAGAUUUCUUCAGUUCGACAGAAGUUUGAUCACCGGUUCCAGCCUCAGAAUCCACUGUCUGGAGCCCAGCAGUUUGUGGCAAAGGAUCCUCAGGAGGAUGAUGAUUUGAAGCUGUGUUCUCAUACCAUGAUGCUUCCUACACGUGGCCAGUUGGAAGGAAGGAUGAUCGUAACUGCGUACGAGCACGGGCUGGACAACGUGACAGAGGAGGCAGUGACAGCAGUGGUUUAUGCUGUGGAGAACCACCUUAAGGAUAUUUUGACCUCUGUGAUAUCCAGGCGGAAGGCCUAUCGCCUGAGAGACGGCCACUUCAAGUAUGCCUUCGGGAGCAACGUUAACCCUCAGCCGUACCUGAAGAACAGUGUUGUUGCCUAUAACAACUUAAUUGAGUGCCCUCCAACCUUUGUGACACCUUCUGCUGGUCAGGGUCUUGCUCCCCAGCCCCUGCCCGACGAUGCUGAGCAGCAGGCAGCUCUACUCCUGGCAUGCUCUGGGGACACCUUACCAGCAUCGCUGCCACCGGUGAACAUGUAUGACCUUUUUGAGGCAUUACAGGUGCACAAAGAAGUCAUUCCUGCGCACACUGUCUACGCUCUAAACAUUGAGAGAAUCGUCAUGAAACUCUGGCAUCCAAACCACGAGGAGCUACAGCAGGAUCAGAUCCAUCGCCAGCGCCUGGCGGCGAAGGAGGGGCUCCUGCUCUGCUAGAGCAGCUCUGCCAGGCUCGGGUGGCUGCGCUGCUCUCCCUUGGGCCUGACGCUCGGACGCUUGUCGUAAACCUCUGGGUCAGCGUUUCAAGGAUGACCUAAGUUAUGAGUCAAGUUUCCUAUGGAAAUAUGACUGAGUUGUGGCACACCUCCUCUGCUUCCCCAGAGUCACGUGCCAUGGAGGGCUUGCAGCAAUCCCACUGAACUGGAAAGCAGAAACAAGAGUUGUUUGCAAAGACUGUUUUAGGGAAAAUAAAUGUAAAGGUGGAAGGAGUUGGUUUUAAA